UGCUAGGCAGCGAGCUGACCUACAAGAUGGAUCGUUUGGUUCAAAGGCUAUAAGUUAUGAUGUUUGCCUUUUAAAAAGUAAACGCUUCUCGGAAUUGCACGGGCUGCACCCCUGACGGAAGGGACGACAUGCGUGCGUGGUGGCUGCCCUGGCUGCUGCUCUUAGCGGCGCUUCGUGUGGCUUCUGGCUUGCCAACUCCAGAAAACUUCGAUGUAGAUGGUGGACUUGACCAGGACAUAUUUGACAUCAAUGAAGAUUUUGGACUGGAUCUUUUCGAGGGAGACAUCAGACUUGAUGGGGCACAAAAUAGAAAUUCCAUUAUUGGAGAGAAAUACAGAUGGCCUCAUACCAUUCCCUAUGUUCUGGAAGACAGCUUGGAAAUGAAUGCUAAGGGAAUUAUCCUUAACGCAUUUGAGCGCUACCGCCUAAAAACAUGCAUCGACUUCAAGCCUUGGGCUGGAGAAGCUAACUACCUCUCAGUCUUCAAGGGCAGUGGCUGCUGGUCUUCAGUGGGAAACAGGCGAGUCAGGAAGCAGGACCUUUCCAUUGGGGCCGGCUGUGACAGGAUAGCCACUGUUCAGCAUGAGCUCCUCCACGCACUGGGCUUCUGGCACGAGCAGUCGCGCUCCGACAGAGAUGACUACGUCAGGAUAAUUUGGGACAGAAUUCAACCAGACAAAGAGCACAAUUUCAACACCUAUGAUGACCAAGUAUCAGACUCCCUGAACGUCCCCUAUGAUUACACUUCGGUCAUGCACUACAGUAAAACUGCGUUCCAGAAUGGAACAGAGCCAACAAUUGUAACAAAAAUCUCCAACUUCAUGGAUGUUAUCGGCCAGCGAAUGGACUUCAGUGAAUAUGACCUCUUGAAGCUGAAUCAACUGUAUAACUGUUCCUCGUCCUUGAGCUUUAUGGACUCGUGCGAUUUUGAACUGGAAAAUGUGUGUGGUAUGAUUCAAAGUUCAAGCGACAGUGCUGACUGGCAGCGGGUUUCCUGGGCCCCUGGGGGCCCCGGGAGUGAUCACUCCAACAUGGGCCGGUGCACAGGCUCUGGUUUCUUCAUGCAUUUUGACAGCAGCUCUGUCAGUGUGGGGGCCAUAGCCAUCCUGGAAAGUAGAACACUGUACCCCAAAAGAGGAUUUCAGUGCCUGCAACUUUUCUUAUACAAUAGUGGAAGUGAGAAUGACCAGCUGAACAUCUACAUCCGGGAGUAUUCUGCAGGCAGUGUGAAUGGUACCUUAACCCUUGUGGAAGAAAUAAAAGAUAUACCCACUGGAAGCUGGCAGCUUUACCAUGUGACCUUGGAAGUGACCAGCAAAUUCCGAGUGGUCUUUGCAGGCGUCAGAGGCCCUGGAGCAUCACGGGGUGGCCUGUCUAUGGAUGACAUCAAUCUUUCAGAAACACGAUGCCCUCACCAUGUCUGGCAUAUAAGGAAUUUCACACAGUUCAUUGGCAGCCCAAAUGGAAUUCUAUAUAGCCCUCCAUUUUAUUCUUCUAAAGGCUAUGCCUUUCAGAUUCACUUGACUCUGAGCCAUUUGACUAAUGCAGGCAUAUAUUUGCACUUGAUCUCUGGAGCAAAUGAUGAUCAAUUGCAGUGGCCAUGUCCUUGGCAACAAGCCACGAUGACACUCUUGGAUCAAAACCCUGACAUCCGGCAGCGUAUGUCCAACCAGCGGAGUGUGACUACAGACCCACUUAUGACCACUGAUAAUGGAACCUAUUUCUGGGACAGGCCAUCCAAAGUGGGGGCAGUGGCUUUUUUCCCUAACGGAACUCAGUUUAACAGAAGCAUGGGUUACGGGACCAGCGCCUUUAUAACCUAUCAGAGGCUGAAGAGCAGAGACUUUAUAAAAGGAAAUGACGUUUAUAUCCUCCUGACAAUGGAAGACAUAUCCCACCUGAACUCCACACAAAUGCAGCCAAUCCCAACCUCCGGCAACAGUGACCUUUGUUCAGACGUCAAAUGUGAGAACGACGGGAUCUGUGUGGUCAGGGACGGCAACGCCGAGUGCAGGUGCCCCUCGUGGGACGACUGGUGGUACUCAGGGCAGAGGUGUGAGAAGAGAGGCUCCACCCGGGACACCAUCAUCAUCGCCGUGUCCUCCACUGCGGCCGUGUUCGCCCUCAUGCUGAUAGUCACACUGGUCAGUGUCUACUGCACCAGGAACAAGUAUCGUGCAAAAGGAAGUUCACAUGGGGCGGAUCUGACGCUGGAGAAUCGGCAUGCAUUUUGAAGAUUAACUCAACAAUACGCCAGCAAAUGAAAUUAAAAAGGAUUCUUCAUCAUGGAUUUCACCCAAAAUAAGUGACAGCUACUUCAUUCUUCUAUAAAUGGAUCUACUGUAAAUAGCUUCUCUAUAAAUACUACAAAUCAUUAUUUUGCUAAAUGGCUAACUGGUAAAAUGUUUGUGCUUUGUUUUUGAAGAGGGGAAGCAAUUCGGGCUUCUCUGGAAGUGUAACUCAGAAGCUACUGGAAGGGGUGUGACAGCCAGAGACAGAUUUCGGCAUUAACUAUCCUUCUCUUUGGGAGCCAAGCAUGGUAGUCUCACGGGCGAUUCCCUAGACGCCCAACGGAAACACCCAGUGGGAAUGAUCUUCCAGCAGAGUCUCUGUCUUUCCAAGCUGUCCUAUCUGAAGUACAGAGGGGCAGCAGGGAGCCCCCUUUCUCCCUGGGGACAUGUGCUCCUCUAAAACUGGCCACACUCUUGUCAUCUUGCAUAAACCCUUUAGGUAGGGAGCUUGGUUUAGAAUUUGAAGGUAUGUCUGCAUUCAGCAGGACAGCUUUGAAUGGCUGGAACAGUGGUUCUCAAAGUUUUGGGUCUCAAAGCCUUUCAUGCUUAACAUUAUUGAAGGUCCUAGGGCGCCUUUGCUUCUAUGCACCCCGUUCAUCAGUACUUAUCUUUUCAGAAAUUCAAACCAGGUCAAUUUAAAACCAUGUAUUUCCUAGUCACUUAAAAUAAUAAGCCCAAUACAUGUUAACAAAAAUAGUAUUUUUCAGGAAAAAUAACUAUCACCCAAAACAAAAGAAAAUUCAGCAAAAAGAAGAGUGCAGCUUUAUAGUUUUUAUAAAUCUCUAAUGAUCAAUAGGAAACAGCUGAGUUAUGUACAUGUGUGCAUUCAGAGUGUUGUGAUAUAUUAUCUUUAUUGAAGGAUAUGAAAUAAAGCUAAUUUGCACAGAUAUUAGUUGGAAAGUGAGAUGUAUUUGAAUAAUUUUUCAAGAAAUUGUGGCUAUUAUUUUUGAAUACCUUGUUGAAAGUUGAUAAAUGGCAAUUUAUUAAAGGUUAGCUGCAAUUGGAAUCUGAAACCACAUGAGUGAACUUUUAUACUCUGUUGUAACUCUGGGGGGAAAUCCAGGGACAAAAUACCUUUGAAAUCGAAAUCAGUCAAAGUGAGAAAUAAAGUGGCAGAAACCCAUUUAUUGCUUACAGGCAGUCAUCCCGUGUCUCUCCAGACCUGGCUGCUGAAGAAGAGAGAGCUCCACCCAGCCUCUCCAUCCAGAUAGGCCCUUGCUUGCCCAUGUAAUUACCUAUUGAUAUGGAGAUGGACUACCUCUCUUCACCCCUUGGAAACACCUACUGGUAUGGAGAUACACUAAGGCCAGGAGAGAGAUUCUGGAAAUACUGCAAUUUUACACACAUCUGUCCAGUAAAAUCCACUGGUUAUCUUGGAUUUUGGUGGAUAUUUCUGCAGUGUAUGAUUCUGUGACACUGUGCACACAUCUUUAGAAAAUACUGGUUCACUGGCUUAGGCUGGGUUUACAGCUUUGGCACAUUUUCUUACAUAGUAUCAAACAUAACAUUGGUUAAUAUGGUAAUCGUUAAGGUGAUAAGUUGUUAGGCAGAACCAAACCGAAUCAAACCUCUGCCCUAGAGCAAAGAGGACAGAAGCUGUCCUGGUGGACAUGUGACGCUGUGCUUUAUCCCAAGAAAUCUGCUCACCUCUUGGUUCCUCUGGCUUCCACCUCUGACAACCAUGAAUUUCCUGGGUAAGGAGAACAGUUAAGGUGUCUUCUGUCACGUUAAUGAGGCGACUGGACAGCACUGAAAGACAGGGGCUGGUUGCCGGGGAACCAGAGGGCGAGAACUUUCAGUCCUACCCUCUGAUUUCCAGGGACUAGGGGAUGGAAGAAUGAAGCAAUCAUCAAUGGCCAAUGAUUUAAUCAAUUCGGCCUAUGCAGGGCAGCCUCCAUAAAACCCCAGAAGGCCAGGGUUUGGAGAGCUACGGGGGUGCACAUGGGGAGGUACGGGGAGAGCGGCUCAUCAGGGCCAGGUGCUCUGCACACAUUACCCAAACCUUGCCCUGUGCUUCUCUUCCAACUGGCUCUUCUUGAGUUAGAUCCUCGUAUAAUAAACUGAUAAUU